AUGGACCAAGGAGAAGAACAAGAUCAUGAGGACUUGGAGGAGACACACAUGGGUGGUGAGCUAGGUGCCCUUCCAGAUCACCUUGCAAGUGCAGAUCUGCAGGACAUUUUGGCAGCAGGGCCCAGAGGAGGAGAGGAACAGUUUGGGGACAGCCAUGGAAGUCAGCACGGUUUCUCAGAGGCUCAGCAAGGUGGCUGUGAGGAGGAAGAGGAGGCUGAACUGCCUUGCUCUGAUAUCAGCCUGACGAAAAGACAGGAGAGAAGGGUGGCAGCAGCUUCACAGAGAGUCCCUCGUGUAGAGCGGCCCACCAUCUGCUCUGAGUGUGGCAAGGGCUUCAGUAGGAGCAUCCACCUCAUCCAGCACCAGCGAAUGCACACAGGGGAGCGCCCGUUCCUGUGUGGGGAGUGUGGCAAGGGCUUCAGCCAGAGCUCCCAUCUCAUCCAGCACCGGCGGAUCCACACGGGCCAGAAACCGUACACCUGUGCCGAGUGUGGGAAGAGCUUCAGUCAAAGCUCUAACCUCCUCAAGCACCAGCGCAUCCACACUGGGCUCAAACCCUACGUGUGCACUGAGUGCGGGAAGAUCUUCAGCGACAGCUCCACCUGCAUCAAACACCAGCGUAUGCACACAGGCGAGCGGCCCUACAAGUGCCCAGCCUGCGGGAAAAGCUUCAGCCAACACUCCCACCUCCUUCAGCACCAGCGAGCCCACGAUGGCAUCCGGCCUUACGCCUGUGGGCAGUGUGGCAAACGUUUUGGGCAGAGUUCAGACCUCAUUAACCACGCUCGUACCCACACGGGCGAGAAGCCUUACAAAUGCAGCCAGUGCGGCCGCGGCUUCAGUGGCAACUCCAACCUCAUCAAGCAUACCCGCAUCCACACUGGGGAGCAGCCAUACCACUGCACCCAGUGCGGGGAAAGCUUUCGGUUCCAGCCCCAGCUGGUGCGCCACCAGAAGCACCAUACAGAGUAG